AAACCCAAAUUUUAGCUGUCCAUUGCACCCUCAGAAUCCUCUCUCCCUCUCUAAACAUGGAGCCAUCACUAUCUCCACCACCUCUAUCGUCAUCACAAAAACCACCGCUUCUUCCUCCACCACCACCGCCGGAAGACCAACAACACCAAAAAGACUUAGUCUUUGACAGCAUUAGAGCCAUCAAAGUCCUAGGCAAAGGAGCCAUGGGGACAGUUUUUCUUGUCCAUAAUCAAGAAACCGACCCAAUAGCCAAGAACCCCUUUGCCCUCAAAGUAGUGGAAAAAUCCACACUCCACACCAAGUUUGACGCCGAGCGCCGUGCACUGUGGGAGAUCCAAGUUCUGAACCAAUUAUCCACCCCAAAAACAGCCCACCCAUUUCUCCCUCACCUCAUUUCCUCCGUUGAAACUCAAGAAUUCCUUGCAUGGGCUGUCCCCUUUUGUCCUGGUGGUGACCUUAAUGUCCUCCGCCACCGCCAAAACGACCACGUUUUCUCCCCUGCUGUAAUCCGCUUUUAUUUAGCUGAAAUUGUCUGUGCCCUUGAUCACCUCCACGAAAUGGGCAUUGUUUUCCGGGACUUAAAGCCUGAAAACAUCCUGAUACAACAUUCUGGUCAUGUGACUCUGACAGACUUUGAUCUUUCUCGUACGUUAACGAAGAAAACGGUAAGAAAUCUUAUCAGUAACGCCGCCGCGACCAGCUGUCAUUUAAUCACCGGCAACAGAAUUGAACAACCUCAAAAGAAGUUGCAACAACAACAUAGGAGGCACUUGACGAGGUGGUGGUUUGUUAAUGAUAAUCAACCAAAGAAGAACGGGUUAAAGAAGGCAAAAUCGGCACGAGUUAGUCCAGUGAGUCGGAGAAAACUGAGUUUCAACAACGGAGAACGAUCCAAUUCUUUCGUGGGCACAGAGGAAUAUGUCUCGCCGGAGGUUGUAAGAGGGGACGGACACGAGUUCGCCGUUGAUUGGUGGGCUCUUGGGAUUUUGAGCUACGAGAUGUUGUACGGGAAGACGCCGUUCAAGGGGAAGAACCGAAAGGAAACGUUUCGAAACGUUUUGUUGAAGAGGCCGGAGUUUGUGGGGAACCGAAACGAUUUAACGGACUUGAUUGAACGGCUGUUAGAGAAGGACCCCACACAGAGGUUGGGGUAUCAACGUGGCGCUUGUGAGAUUAAAGAGCAUGGGUUUUUUAAAGGUGUUAGGUGGGACCUAUUAACAGAAGUAUUAAGACCGCCGUUUAUUCCGUCAAGAGAGGACGGGGAGUUGACGGUAACGACAGGGGGGGUUGAUAUAAGGAAGUAUUUUGAAGAUUUAAGGGCGCCACGUCCGUCAAUGCCUCCGUCACCAUCUUCGGAUUGUCAUAGGAAGGUGUCCGAGUUCUAACCCGCACGUGUGGCAGGUGGCACGUGAAAAAAAGUUAGCUUAGUUAAAUUUUUUGUUCUUUUUAAUUUCUGUAUUUGUGUACAUAAAAUAAAUGGGUUAGAACUUGAAAGACACUAGUCUUAGUGAAGAAGAGGAGGAGGAAGAAGAUUACUUGGUACAAGCUAUAAAUAACAAUUUUAUACAUUUA